AUGGUUCUUGGCUUAAAGACUGGUCAGCUUCGGAAAAAAAUAGUCACAGGCACAAUAACAGACUCGCCGGCUGCUAUUCCUUUAGGAUCACCGGUCGCUCCAUCUCCUGUUGUCCUCGUACGAUCAAAUGACGGACCAAGUCAUCAUGCCACUUCCCCACUAUUAGUUGAUUCUGAUGAGACACAAGCCCCAUUCGAAACGCAGCCGAGUGGCGUAGGGACUUCGAAGCCCAUACGUGUACGUGGACCGACACUUGGCAAAGGAAUACAAAAAAUAAUUAGAGCCAAGAAAGGUGAAAAAUGUUAUGUUUACAUUGAUCGUGCGUUGAAUGCAAUGACUGGCAAGUAUGUCACUCCAGCAACUACCGAGUUAGGAAUUCAAAUUAAGAGCUUGUGCCCUCUGAAAGAUGUCAAAUCGUGGCUGGAUCUUGCUGAGACUACAAAAUCUGCCGUCAUCCAAUCUGUUCUUGACAAGUUUGAAAUUGGAGGCGAUUUCCACAAUGACUUACAAGCACAAAAGAUUGUGAAUAAGAAGGCAUAUGGGUUGUACAAAGAUUGGAGGUACACGUUGAAGCAAGAAUUCAAACUGUUAGAGGGACUUCCAAUUGAUGAGAUCUAUGCUCAUCCAACCCUAGGGGUGAGUUUAGAUGAUUGGAAGCAUUUGAUCGAUGUGGCAUGGCAAGAUGUAUCUCACCAGAAACGGUCAAAAGCUGGCAAGAGUAAUAGGAGCCAAUUGCCGUACAAUCAUACCAAUGGGUCUCGCUCAUUUCCUAUCGUAAUGGCUGCUAUGAAUAGUGGUGCUCAUAUUUCCAAAUCUGUCUACAAAUCUGUCUGA